UACCAGGCUCCUGAAGCUGAGGUGGCAGUUUGAACUUUGCACUUUGAAGUUUGUCAGGAAUCAGGCCGGGUGCCCACUGCCACCUGUCAGUUCGGACUGCCAGAGUGCAAAUGGCAGGAGAAAGAGAGUCGGGCGUUCUUCUCUCAGCACGUUUAUAGAAACACUGAAUUUACUGCACCGCAAUGGCUUCUAUCCAGGAUUACCCCUCUGCCUUCACGGAUUCACCGGGGGUCACAAGGCAGCUGUUUUUGCCAGCUGAGACCAGGCUGUCCGAGCAAAAUUUCUCAAAGAGGGGCGGUGUCAUUCCUGCAGCCAAUUGGGUCGAAGACGAGGAUGACGAAGUCUUGGAGGCGGCGAAUCAGCAUUCCAAGAGUUUCCGAGAGAGAGUCCCUGAAAUGAUCCGACCAACCGGGGAGCGCGUUCGCGAGGGCAUCGACCGAGUAGGGAAGCAAUGGGGCCAGUUCUUGAAGGAUCCCCCAGUCGUUGCAAUAGAAGGAAAGCGGGGGAAGAAGGUGUUAGGUCCUGGGGGGGCUGCCGGAAUGGGUUGCGGCGUAGGCAUUGGGGCUGGGAUUACAGGGGGUUGGGGGCUGGGGAUAGGCUCCGGAAAUUCGCUCCGGUUCGUGAUGGGGGUUGGUGUGGGGUGUGGAGUCGGGGUGGGCUAUGGAUACGGCUUUGGUUUCGGUUCCAAGUGGGUUGCCUCUGAAAAGGGGGGCAAUAAGUGGCUCAAGCCUGACACGGGCGAUUAACGGACACAUCAAAGCGGGCCAUGACCGCUUCUUGGAGCAUGAUGCGGUAUCAUUUUUGAUUCCCCCCAAACGUCAAUGACGUCUCUCUCGCAUAUUGAAUUUGAGAGACGUGGUAAGGUUUGAGCAGCCGGUACCAAGUACAACGUCGGUUUGAAGACGUACUUUGUUCAUGAAAAGCUGUUGAGGUGAGGAGGUGGUGAGGUGAUGAGGUAAAGACUCGCUUGAAAUUUUCGUCUCAAGAGUCCGAUCCCCGCACGAGCUAAGCCAAGAUUCAUGCCGUUGCUGCCAGGUUGGCGGAUGCAAUGCACGUACAUGACCGGCC